AUGAGUGUUAUCUCUUGGAAUUGCCAUGGGCUUGGGAACCCAUGGGCUCAACAAUUCUUGAAGGAUCUUGUGGUCCAAAAGAAGCCCAAUUUUUUAUUUUUAUGUGAAACACUUGCUAAGAAGGAGGUGGUGGAGAAGGUUCGGGUGGCGAUUGGGUUUGAGGGUGCUUUGGCGGUAGAUUGUCAAGGGAAGAGUGGUGGGGUUGCUCUUUUGUGGCGGGAUGAGGAGGAUGUUCAAGUUCUAGAGUAUGGGGUGUCUUACAUUUAUGUGGUAAUAUGUGGUUAUGAUCGAGGUCAUUGGCGGAUGACGGGAAUGUAUGGUGAACCGAAUCGAAACUUGCGGAAACGAACUUGGGAUUUAAUUUGGGAGCUGAAAAGUAAGUCUACUUUGCCUUGGUGUAUAAUUGGUGAUCUUAAUAAUGUUACUUCCCAAGAGGACAAAAAGGGUGGCAACCCUUAUCCCCGAUGGUUAGUAGAGGGUUUUAAUGACACUUUGGUGGACUGUGGACUACAUGACCUUGAGUUGUAUGGAUACCCAUACACUUGGGAACGGAGCCGUGGCAAGCCGGAAUGGGUGGAAGUUCGUAUUGAUCGUGCUUUGGUGAACCAAUCUUGGUUAGAUUUCUUUCCUUUAGCCAAACUUUUUAAUCUUGAAGUAUCUACUUCGGAUCACACUCCUUUAAAUUUGGUGUUGGUUAAUGAAGUGGUGGUUGCUAGAAAUCAUGUGUUUCGUUUUGAAAAUGCUUGGUUGAAAGAGCCAUUGUUUUUUGAGAUUGUAAAAAGUUGUUGGGGUAAUGAUGCAUCGAGUGGAAUUAUGGCAAAGGUUAAGAAUUGUGGUGAGGUUCUUGGGCGGUGGGGAAAGGAUUAUUCAGGGAAUUUUCCUAAGAGAAUUAAAGAAUGUAAGUUGGAAGUGCAACGUUGGAAACGGGGGCGUGAUGCUUUGUCUCUUGAGAACUUUAACAAUGCUUCGGCUAAGCUGAAUAAGGUGCUUUUGCAACGAGAGAUAUUCUGGAAACAACGAAGCAAGCAACUUUGGUUGCGUGAAGGGGAUAGUAACUCUAAAUAUUUUCAUGCUUCGGCUUCAUCUAGAAGACGCAGAAAUUCGAUACAAAGGUUGAAAGAUGCAAAUGGCGUUUGGGUGGAUUGGAAUGGAAGUCUUCCUUCGGUUACGGAUGAGGAGGUCCGUCGUGCUCUCUUCCAAAUGCAUCCCGACAAGUCUCCGGGUCCUGAUGGAAUGACCCCGGGGUUCUAUCAAAAAUGUUGGAGCACUGUAAGUAAUGAUCCUAUCACUCUUGUUAAGAAUUUCUUUGUUAUUGGUUCUUUUCCAAGAGAGUUAAAUCAUACUAAUAUUGUGCUUAUUCCUAAGAAAAAACAUCCGGAGUCUAUGUCUGAUUUGAGGCCUAUAUCCCUAUGUAAUGUGCUUUAUAAAAUCAUUUCGAAGGUCUUAGUGAAUCGAUUUAAAGAUGUUUUGCCUGUGGUAAUUUCUAAUCAUCAAAGUGCUUUUCUCCCGGGUCGAUUGAUAUCGGAUAAUAUAAUGGUUGCUUUUGAGAUUAUGCACUAUUUGAAAAGGAAGCGAGUUGGGAAGGAUGGUUUUAUGGCUCUCAAGCUUGAUAUGAGUAAAGCAUAUGACAGAGUUGAGUGA